AUGAAGGUUACAGAGGGUACUAUAUUUUUUGUGGGUGUUGUACUUUUUGCCUUGCAUAACUGCCACGCCCACCAAUCCAUCACUCCAGUCACUCCAAUUUGGAGUGAUUUUAAAGUGUGCAUCGUUAGCAAAGGAUCCAAUCCUUCAGACAUAGUCGAGUACCUGUCUGAUGAGUAUGCGAAAUAUACGAAGCUAAAUUAUCAGUGGAAUCUUAUACAUGAGAGAAAGUAUCCUCUGGGAUAUUUUACUGUAAGGAAUGCCGGUGAUGUUCAAGCUGCCGUUCGUUGCGCCACGGAACACUGGGUGAGGAUUGUUGCAAAAGGCGGUGGCCACUCUUAUGAAGAAUAUUCAUUUGGAGACAACCGAACAUUUAUAGUGGAUCUACGCCACAUGUUUGAAAUGUAUGUCAGUCCAGAUCGUCAAUGGUUCACUAUUGGUGCAGGAGCCCUUCUUGGACAACUAGCUUACCCACUUCUCGAACAGUACAACCUAAUAACACCCCACGGAACGUGCCCUACGGUUGGUAUUACUGGGUUGGCAACAGGAGGAGGUUACGGUUACAUGUCCAAACUAUUUGGUCUUACCACUGAUAACAUUCUCGAAGUCGAAAUGGUGGACGCUGAGGGAUCCCUGCUAAUUGUCAACGAACAGACCUAUCCAGACUUGUUUUGGGCUCUCCGUGGAGCAGGCUGGGGAUCAUAUGGAAUCAUCACGAAGCUUAAAUUCAGGGCAUACCAGGCACCAGUCUUGGUCACUGCUGGCGAACUAACGUUUCCAUUAAGCCAGUUCGCCCAAGUGUUUAUAACGUGGCAACAUCUCGUCAGGGAUUAUCUAUCCUCAAGAGACAGUAACACCAAAUUAACCAUAAAGAACGGUACGGUGAUCGUGGAAGUGUUUGACAUCCAGGUGUCAGAUGACAAUGAAGAAGAAGCAAUACAACGAGUUCAGCACAUUCUUAACAAAUUCCCCGUUACGUCACUAAACACUACAUCAGUUAUUGCCGACAGAUAUAUGGACUUUAUGUUCCGCACAUCACAUCCAAACGAUAUUGGCAUUGAGGAUCCAAGCCAGCUCCCGAAUGUUACAAGGGAGAUGUUUACUAGGCAAUUUAGUAACCUAAUAGAGGUUGAGGACGCUUCGACAUUGUAUAACCUACUUGUUGAGACACAAGGGGAGAUCACGGACAUCAUCAUAGAAAUGUAUGCCUUUGGGGGUGCAAUCAACGACAAGACCCCUCUGGAAACUUCUUUCAACCAUAGGAGCGGGGUCGGCUACAUGGUCCAAGCUUUCUUCAAUGGACAGGCCACUUUGAACCCAUAUCUACCCUCGUUGGACUGGCUCGCGAGAUUUUAUGAAUUAACCAAAGUUAUAUUUCGCCACACAGAAUCCUACCAGAAUUAUGUAGAUGCAACAUUGCCGGAUUACUUGGACCGUUACUAUGGCUCAGAUCUUGAAACGUUAAGACGCAUAAAACGAAAAUAUGACCGCCGAAACAUUUUUUAUCACCCACAGUCAAUUCCAGUACUUUGA